CUUCUUUGAAAUUAACAUAUUUUUGGAGCGAGUAAAGUAAGCUGUUUUUUGUCACUGCGACUGACUCGCAAAGCUGAAUCUGAAACAGAAUCUACAGAAACGGAAGGUCUUAGCGAUUUCAAGGAAUAUUGAAUCUCUAUUGUGUGGUUUAACAAAGGAUUGUUUAACUAGCAACACUAUCCUAUAACCUAGCAGAAAGGUGAAACCAUUGGCCUAAACUAGCAAAAUGCAUUUCGCAGUCUGGAGUGUACUACUUGGGCUUCUAUUUACGAACGGACAAUGUUGUUACAAUGGCCAACAGACCUUGUAUACUGCUGUAUCUUCUUUGCAAACUCUUUCCCAUUUUUACUACAAUAACAACGAGAACUGUUGGUUUAAUAUUCAAUCACCAUCAUGGAUGUCUUCAAGCUACUAUUUAGAAAUUCAGUGGAAAGCCUUUGCAAUAGAAGGGAACAUGCCAAAUUGUAAUGAUUACGUCGAAGUGUUUCUUACCAGGUCAAAGAAAAGCAUUGGCAAGUACUGUUCUGGUAACAUCAAAUCAAGUGUGCUGUUUAACAUGUACUCCCAUGAUGGUUAUGUAUUUAUCAAGUUUGUGUCAGAUGGUUCUGUUAUCAGAAGUGGAUUUUCUUUGACAUAUCAGCUGAAAAGCAAAUCUUUAGCACCUCUUGGAGGCCAACCAUCAUCAACAUGUCCCAAGGCAAGCAGAUCAGCAGCAGGAAAUUUCUACUCAGUUGGUUGGCCAAAUGGUUAUGCAAGUAGAAGCAACCCAUGUAUUUUCAGUUACAAACUUGGCAACAACAAAAUGAAAAUCGCUGUUAUGGAUUUGGAUUUUUACAAUUCCGGACAUUCUUGUUACUAUGAUAACAAUUAUCUGGAAAUUAAAGAUUCCUCAAGCUUCUACACUGAUCAGAAUUCCGUCAAUUACUACACCAGUUCAAUCAGUGGAAAGCUUUGCUAUUCCGUACAGCCUACAUCUUACACGACAACCAGAUCAAAUGUCUACUUCUACUACGAUUCGGGUCGUUAUGGAAGAAACAAUAAUCGAGGUUUUGUUCUUGGUUACAUUGAAUAUGGCAGCGGAACAAGUUGGUCAAGUUGGUCUGCUCCACCGACAACACGUGCAUGGACAAGAUGGAGCCACUGGUCACGCUGGGGCCGUCCAGACAUCAGAUUAGAUUCAGAAGGAAAUGGUCACGUAUAUAACCAUUGGUGCAUCGAAUUGGCGGGGUUGUGUCUCUUAUUGCAAUAUUGCAGUAUAUCUGUGUUGUUACAGAGGAUAGCUGCAAUCGCCCAAUCAAUAGCACUGGAACAAGCUGCACAGCUAAUAUAA